GUAGACAUUUCUCCUAAGACCAUGUCUCUCCGAUUUUCUAGUGGAUCCAGGCAUCUUUGCUUACGAUCUGGAACUGGAUCUGUCAGAUCACCUGGUGGAGGUGCAGGCUUUGCAGGCAGCAAUGCAUGUGGUAGCUCUGCUUCCGGAAGUGGUUUUUCCUGGGCCUUGGGAGGGGGCUUGGGCAGUGCUCCUGGUGGGAGCCAUGGUGGUAGCGCCCUUGGAAGUGCUGCUUGUGUUGGCUUUGCUGGAAAUGAAGGGCAACUCCUCUCUGGGAAUGAAAAGGUGACCAUGCAGAAUCUUAAUGACCGCCUGGCCUCCUACCUGGAUAAUGUGCGAGCUCUGGAGGAGGCAAAUGGUGAACUAGAGAGAAAAAUCAAGGGUUGGUAUGAAAAGUACGGUCCUGGAUCUUGUCGUGGACUUGAGCAUGACUAUACCAGAUACCAGCUAACCAUCGAGGAUCUUAAGUACAAGAUUAUCUCUUCCACGACCGCUAACGCCAGUGUCCUUCUGCAGAUUGAUAAUGCCAGGCUGGCUGCCAAUGAUUUCCGGCUAAAGUAUGAAAAUGAACUUGCCCUUCACCAAAACGUCCUUGCGGACAUCAAUGGGCUCCGGCGAGUCUUGGAUGAGCUGACACUCUGCAGAACAGACCAGGAGCUGCAAUACGAAUCCCUGAGUGAGGAGAUGACUUAUCUCAAGAAAAACCAUGAAGAGGAAAUGAAGGCUCUGCAGUGUGCCUCUGGAGGCAACGUGAACGUGGAGAUGAACGCGGCACCGGGGGUGGACCUCACGGUUCUGCUGAACAACAUGCGAGCUGAGUAUGAGGACCUUGCUGAGCAGAACCGCAGGGAUGCGGAGGCCUGGUUCAAUGAAAAGAGUGCCACUCUACAGCAGCAGAUCUCGGAUGAUGCCGGUGCAGCCACCUCGGCCAGGAAUGAGCUGAUGGAAAUGAAGCGUAGCCUGCAGAGCCUGGAGAUCGAGCUACAGUCCCUCCUGGCAACGAAACACUCCCUGGAGUGCUCCUUGAGGGAAACUGAAGGCAGUUACUGUGCCCAGCUCACAGAGAUCCAGGCUCAGAUCGGGGCCCUGGAAGAGCAGCUGCAUCAGGUCAGGACCGAGACCGAGGGCCAGAAACUCGAGUACGAGCAGCUCCUGGACGUCAAGGUCCAUCUGGAGAAGGAGAUCGAAACCUAUUGCCGCCUGAUAGAUGGAGAUGGAAAUUCAUGUUCCAUAUCAAAAGGCUUUGGAUCAGGAAACUCAGGGAAUAUAUCUAAAGAUUUACCCAAAACCACACUGGUAAAGACAGUGGUUGAAGAGAUAGAUCAACGUGGCCAAGUUCUUUCUUCAAGGGUUCACUGUAUUGAAGAAAAGACAUCCAAAAUGAGCAAUGGCAAGAAAGAACAAAGGAUUUCCUUCUAG